UAUUGAUUGAUACAACCGAUAACAAUACAAUCGACUCGCCUCGACGACGCGUUCGUCGCUACACUUCUUGCACCCACGCCCUCGCAACCCCCCCCCUAGGUCCUGCAGCAUGUGGUUUGCGCUCGCAUAAUCUCUAUUCCGACGCGUAUCCGCGCUUAAAUCACCGCACCACACUACACCGCCAACUGCGACUCACCGCCGCGGCUCCAGAGUAACAGCAAUGGUCGACACAACACAGCCAUGGCUCGAGGACCUCUCAGAGGAAUGGGUUCCGCAGGCUACACCGGAUACCAUUGCGCGCAAUCUGGAAAGUUCUCCAGCCACACAAACGUCGCAGAGCGUGCCGCCCAAAGCUCGAAGUCGUCUUCCCCGCAUGAGGCAGUCGUCGGGCUCUUUUUCAGAGAUACAAGUUCGAAGCAUUGCGAAGGAACUGCGACCAUCGAAGCAGCGGAGUGCUCUCGCAGAACGAAGCCUUAGCGACAAUAAUAUUCCUCUGACCUCGUCGCCAAUCGCGUCCCACAUUGCGCCUUCUCCAUCUGCCGCGUACUCGUUCUCUUCGACAUUCCAGGGCUCGGUCGUGUACAAUGGCACUGUGGCGCACAACACGGUCGCAAAGUCUCCAACCAAGGAAAAAGGUCCCCAUGACACUCCAGAAUGGAGGCGGAGGUUGGUCAAGGGCGAGAUAGGCUAUGGUGACCAGAAAGACCUGUUUGGCCCUACAGGUUUAGAGAACAUCUUUCAGAAGCCAGUGGGGACCUCCUCCGAAGACACACAGCAACCGAAGCGCAAACUUGGACUACUCAAGGGCUUGGCUGCAAUGCCCUCCAGCCCACCACCAUGGCCAGCGGCGGGGCAAGGCGAAGCGUACGAUGAGCAGCCUGAGAUUCAAGUAACGAAUUCGGGCAACGACACCCAGAACAGCCGACAGGACUCUCCUCGGGACGGGACAGUGCAUGAGCAGGAAGAAUCCAUCACCACACAAGCUCCGAGGACGACUGACCAGGAAGGCCCCAGAACCGUGAGCGGCCAGAUUGAAUUCGAGAAUGAAAGCUUUAGCCCGGUUUACUUGACGACGAACCUCAAAAUCGGACAGCUUCCCACGGCAACUCCGAAUUUCAGAGGUUCAGAGCUUGCGAACCGGUUACGACAAAUCGGAUCACCACCUCCGACUAUAUAUAAUCCUGCUGUAGACGAGAGUGCGUUGAGUCAACCUCGGGAGGACUCUUCUUUCACUAGGCUCCACGAUGAUUCUUUGCCCGAAGGCCUUCCGGCUGGCACGCCUGAUCUUGCGGAUGUCGGUCGCUUCGUGGAGUUUCGGAGAGGAGGAUACUCGAGGGACGGAUCUUUUCGUACAAGGCCGCUUAGCCCAUCUCCGGGGAGAAUAGCGGCAUCAUCUACGUCAAAUGGCGUUCCAGCUGCGGGGAACGACAAGGUAGACCCGAGUCAAGGUCUUUCAGCAGACGAGGCCGCCAAUCCACAGACACCACGGAGGCAAGCCAACAACCAAUUCCUAAGUCCUGAGCGAGCCAAAAACUCGGGAAGCCCUUUAAAGCUCUUUGACGCGCAUGAUACCUUUACAAGCAACCGACUGCAGCGACGACUCAGUCAGCUCGAGUACAAGUCCGACAAAACCGCAUCCAGCAGCGUAAAGGAAAGCAAGGUGGAGAUGGUCAAAGUGGUACAAAAGACAUCGAGGCUGACUUCGGUCGAAGAGAUCAGUUUCCAGAAUGGGGGUCAACAAACUACAGCCGAGUGUCCACCCCAGGGAGCUCAUAGAGCGGAUACAUUUGGCCGAGGGCAACUCAACGAGUAUCAAUUUUCAGGCGAUUUCACUGUUCUUUCUUCUGACUUCGACACACAAGACGAUAGUGCGCCAGACGGAUCGCCAUCAAUGGAUGUUGCACCCCCUGGGAGUCGACAACCUCUCACGUUCCAUCUUGAUGGUUCGCCUACAUCAAGAGAACCAUCUAUGGCCAGAAGGCAAGGGUCAGGGUCGGUAGCUAAUCCUUUCAGAUCUGUGAGUCGACCAAAGUUCCAUCCACAUCGGAAGUCAUCAACUCCCAAGCUACAAGAACAACCUGAGGUUGUCCACGAGUACGUUGACGGAAAGAGAGGCCCGACCUCGCCUUUCAAGAACCCAACACCUAAGCGUCGACGGACGAUACAAUCGAUAGACGAGGAUGAGGACGACAGGGACGAGGAAGAUGUAUUUAGCGAUCAUGGGCUCGGAACUGUACACCACUCACAUGCAGUCAUACAGUCAAUCGUCGGUCGAAAACGUCAGGAUGCCCGCCAUGUCUCUUCUAACAAUGUUGCAAAUCCUGAAACUCUGGCUCGACGGCACAUUCUUAGGCCUCGUAAUCCUACGCCUAGUCAGCGAAGGCGAGACGAAAUCCACGCAGAAAUUAUGGAGGCUACGGAGGCCUUCAUCCUGUCUUCGCCGAAGUUGAACACGAUCCGUGAACACGUAGAACCUUCCAUUACGGCUGACCCCCAAUCCGAGCAAGCGAGAGCAGUCGUGGUUGCAAAAGAAGUCGCCGCUUUCAGCAUCAAGAAGCAACAUGCCAUGCGCGAACAAAUCCGCAAACGAUCUGUCACAACCCAAGACUUCCUUGAUGAAGCCCUCAAGAUCAUGGAUUUCAUUCGUACGAAAGGUCGACCUACCAGCGGAUUAGGUAGCCUUGAAGAAACGGAGGCCGAGUCUGAGCUAGUUGAAGAAUCAGUCGAACAUCUUUCAAGUUCGCUCACUUUCGAGAGGCCUCCAAGCAGAGAGGGUCGCCUCUCGGCCUGGGCAGAACCCAAUAAACAUCAACUGGAUCCAAACGUCAUGAGUCAUUUGAGGAAGUACCAGGAGAAGGAAACCGAUACUUUCCUAAACUCAUCAGUGACUUCACUUCGCUUUGCUCGUAUAAGCGGAUCCGCGAACCCAGAAGGAGAAAGUGUAGUGAUUGAGCAAGACGAUAUCCGCAUUACGGAUAACCCGAACCGGUACUCUCGGACAAUUGACGGUGAAGACAUCAGCUCCCAACCUCGCACGUGUGGAACGCAGCAUUCUAUGGGUUCUUCACUCGGCCAUACGAUUGCCACGAACGCUUCUCGCCGCUCUGAUCAUGUCGCCACCCUUGCGCCAGAAGCCGUUGCACAUUUGAUCCCGCACGAAGUUGCAGGUAUGAGCUUCGAUCGGGAGAAGAACAUUUGGGUUCGUCAAAAAAGCCCAUCAAAAGAGCAUCGUUGUGAAGAGAAUCGUGAAGAGGAGGACCAGAGCGGUAUGCUCGAGAGCGAAGAAGAUCCUUUAGGCAAUAUCCCCGAUUUGACUGUGGAUGAGAUGAACGAGCAGGAGGUUAAGACAGGCUCACCCGCACGCCCACAACCAACCUCGGAGACUAUCCUAGAAGAGACAGAAGAUGGUGUGCAAGAAGAAGAAGAAGAACGUCCAGUCACCCGUGAAGGCCAUGGUACUGCGUAUACUGACGUAAGCUCAGCUCCAUCGAAAGCAUCUAACUUUGGCUGGAGCUACCCAAAGACUGAAACACGUGCCACAUCCUGGAGUACACAAGGCCCACGGAAGUGGAGCACACAGAAAACGGCCCAUGUACAAACUACCUACGCCAUCCCCGAAUCAGAUGAGGAUGACAUUGAGCACGAGAUCAAGUACUUUGAGGGACGUGACCACGCACCGCCAAACGUACGACACCCGCGAGUGCGCGACAUCACGAUUUCAUUCGCAGAACGGAAGGCUCGGGAAUCAGAGCGUCAACCUGCCGCUACUCCACAGAAGUUUGGCCAGAGUCAGUGGAUAGAGUCAAAUGCUCAGCAGAAAUCUCAUAGGAAGCAAUCGAGCCGAGAGCAAAUGCACGUUGCAAAAGCGCUCCCUCAUGCGCAAUCUAGUCGAAUCCCCAAGUUCACUGGGGAAGGUGACUUGUCGCUUUUGGAAGACGCGCCCUCUAAGAACUAUCGAAUGCAGCUAGCAAUGAGUGUCUCAGCACCUGUUCUUGGACUCGGCAAGAAAGACGUACUGGCCACUGCCCCAUCGUCACCGGUAAAGGGCGACUUAACAUUCAUGCUUAGUGACCUCCCUGAGUUCACGCUACACCAAGUGGAUGAGUGCGAAUUGCCAGACCGCAUGAUCGUCAAACAUGAUGGCACUCGGUUCUCCAAAGCCCUGGAAGAUCGCUACGCACAAAGUACCGCUGACCUAGUAAAAGCGUUGCAAGAUGUUGAGCCGGACGAACCAUUCUGGGAAGACCUUCGCCAAGUGGAUCUUCAUGGCAAUGCCCUCAGCUCUCUGCACCGCCUUGAUGAGCUGUGCUAUCAACUCGAGGAGCUCAAUGUGUCCGACAACCAAAUCAGCCAAGUAAAAGGGAUUCCCUACUCCAUGCGGCGACUGCGAGCACAGAACAAUUGCCUUACUGGACUUACUUCCUGGACGACACUCACGAACCUGCAACAUCUCGACAUAUCUAGCAACGACAUCGAUUGUCUAGAUGGACUCGCCGAGUUAGUACACCUUCGAGUGCUAAAGGUCGAUGACAACAAGAUCAAGUCUUUGAACGGGAUUCUGCAUCUCGAUGGCUUGAUGGAACUGAGUGCUGGGGGCAAUAAUAUCGAAAUGGUAGACUUUGGCCGAGCUAAUAUGAAGAGUCUCACUGAUCUUGAUCUGCGACGAAAUCGGCUCUUCGAGGUUCGAAACCUGCAUUGCCUGGCACAGCUUCAGCAUCUCAACCUUGAUGACAAUGAGAUCGAAGAGUUUCCCUUCUUCGAUGUGCCUGCCAAACCGUGCAGUUCGUUACGAUCGAUUCGUCUCUGCAGGAACGGAACGGCAUUGCUUGACGUCGAUAGGCACUUCCCGAAGCUCGAGUCUUUGUACGUUGAUGGUAACUCUCUAACGCAGGUAUCCGGCCUCGAGCAUCUUCGUUAUCUCCGUACUUUUUCGGCUAGAGAACAGGUGUUGGGCACUGAUUCAGACACCGAGAUUUGUGUUAGCAACCUGGUUAGAAAUUCCGAAAUUCGCAGUCUCUACCUCUCCCUAAAUCCAACGCAUGGGCUCGACCUCUCGCAACAUCUCCACAGUCUUCAGCGACUGGAGCUUGCUUCCAUGGGUCUGAAGGAGCUACCAAACAACUUUGGACAAUUGACCCCAAACAUCCGGUCUAUCAACCUAAACUUCAACUCCAUCAAGGAUCUAAGGCCACUCCUAAAUAUCAAACGGCUGAGUGAACUUCUCCUAGCUGGCAAUAAGCUCGAACGUUUGCGCGCAAAUGCGAUGGUGUUGGGGAAAUUAGAGACCCUUACACGGCUUGAUUGGCGCGACAACCCCCUCACUCUACGUUUCUAUGCUCCAGCAUCUGAAAACCGUGUCAUGUCACUUCGGCAGAAGCCAUCCAAAGAGCAGCUUACGGACCGCUUUGUGCUACCGAAUGGAGAUGUGGAAGGGGACAGCCAACACCUCUCGCGACUGGAUUACGAGACGCGCAUUAGGCGGCGCGUCACCGAGAUGAUGCUGGCAAACUUUUGCAAGAAUCUGAGGGAGCUGGAUGGAUUGCCAUUCGAUAAAGCGCGGGUUCUUGUCAAGGAUGAUGUUUGGGAGCGACUGAUGUUCUUGGGCAUUAUACAGCGCAAACAGCCGGAGAAGGCCGACGAGAAGACCGGGUAGGGAAAACGCGAUAAUGCUUUUAAGAUUUUCAAGGAAAAGGGGAGAUCUGCUCUGCUGGCGCGCAUGCGGUCGCAUGUCGUCUUUUAGCAGUUCGGAUCAAUUUGGCGUCUUGUGUACUGUCCUAGCUGGAUGCAUUUGCAUGCUCCGGCGUUAUAUUUGGAGUCUCGUUGCUUUCGGUGGAGCAUCUGCUAUGUGGGCAUUUUUAGGCGCAACUUCGUUAGACGCGCGAUUGAGCGACGUGGGGUAGCUUGACCUCUGUGUAUGACUUGACGAACUGUAUUGGUAAUGAAUAAAUCUCGCACAUCUUAAAUGCCUG